AGCUUUUGUUCUGUUUAUGAACACAUCAGUUAUCAUUGCAAUACAAACAUAAAGCUUACAAAACGGACAUCCAGACACACACACACUUUUGUCCUGCUUCUACAUUGGCGUUUGAGAACAACAUGUACUCAGUCCCAGCAGAGCCUGAAUGACUGACUGUGUUCUCCGUCCUGCCCAGAGUCACAAAUCAUGCUGGUAGUCUGGGAGGAAAACAAAGCUUGAGACCGAAGAUGAAGGCAGAGACGGAGGCUCCGUCAAAAGCUAAAAUAAUUUCACAGAUUUUAUUGCUCAUGUGUCUUGGAUCCUCCAAUUCAGGUGGGGUGCUGGCAGUGAAUAUGACUAUUCCCAACACUCUCAUUAGAGGUACAGUAGGCGGGGAGGCCCUGCUGUCUGUCCUCUACAACAGCUUCAGCCUCGACCUGCCGGUCAUCAAGUGGCAGCUCAAGAGGGAGAAGUCUGUCACUGUUGUCCAGUCGAUUGGAACUGACAUCAUUGGGACGCUGAGGCCUGAGUAUCGUGAUCGCAUCCUGGUAUUUGAGAAUGGGACUCUGCUUCUCCACAACCUCCGACUCUCUGAUGACGGAACUUAUGACGUGGAGGUCUCCAUCACAGAUGAUAUCUUUCCAGGAGAGGGCACCAUCACGCUCACUGUGGAUGAGUCGAUAUCCAGGCCCUACAUCCACAUGGAGGGUUCAUCAGUACUGGAGCUCAGCCAAAACGUCAUCCUCAACUGCUCCCAUGACAAUGGAACCAGGACUUCCUACAGGUGGUUCAAAGGUGGAAAGCCACUGACCAAUGUGACGAGGUUCGUGUUGUCACCUGACCAGAAGCUCUUGACCAUCACGCGGGUGUUGAUGACAGAUGAUGACAUCUACAGCUGCACGGUGGAGAAUCCCGUAGGCAAUAUGACAAGCCUGCCUCUCAGACUGACUGUCUACAGAAGAAGUUCCCUCUAUAUCAUCCUUUCCACUGGGGGCAUCUUCCUCCUCAUCACCUUGGUAACAGUAUGUGCUUGCUGGACGCCUUCCAAAAAGCGAAGACAUCUGGCUAGAAAGCCUCGCUCCAGCUUUUAUGACCACUCUGAUCGCUCACCAAUCAAUCACACAGAUGAUGUGCAUCCAAAAAGGACAGAGCAUAAUGGGAUAAGUGCUGUGACAUCACUUUACAUCCUGCAAGAAAAGGAUCCCUCCAUGGAUGACUCAUCCAGCAACAGCAUUGGAUCUCCUUCUGAACUUGACAACCCGCCGUGCUACACCAGUUCCCCGGACUACACCCAGUCUAAUGGGUCCCCUGCCCGCUCCUCCCACAAGUAUACCUGAAAGCCCAUCACCAUCAGUUUAAACUCUCCACAUCACAGCAAGUGGGAGGUCAGACCAUCCUACUGUAUACUGGUCCUGUCUCUGGAUGGCAACUUCCUGCACAUUCGCCUGGAGUUUGGGAAAGAUCUCAAAACCGUUUUCUGGGGUCUUACAAUAAUGUCAUUACUGCCUGUUGAUAUGUUUUUGUUAAAGUAAACUUAAAUAUAAGUUGCUUUUAAAAUUAGAAGCACAGCCUGUAGAGAAAUAUAAAGGCAGUGUGACAUCAGACAGGUUGUUAAACAGCUUUGAAGCCUCUAUUUGGGUUAACCACUAACCACCGUUGUUGUUGGUUACUGGAACUACAAAAUCCCAAAUUUGGGAACUGGCGCGGAGUCGGCAUGACGCUGAAGUGGGGACGGUAAGAUGCAAUAUUGAACUAUAGUGUGAUAAAGAUACUUCUCUUAUGCUUUAUUGUCAAUUCAAAAUCAUCACCAAACAAGAUGGGGUUUGUUGUUUAUGUUAAAGAAAUUAUAAAGUUGGUAAAAAAACAAAUCACCCUCACACUCAUCACUCCUUUACAAUGUUAUGUGUGAUAUUUUCUGUAGUGUUGAUGAAAUGAAAUACAGCAUUUACUUUGUAAUAUUUUGUGAAAUAAUGUAAAUUACUAUUUUAGUUUUUACUAGAUGAUUUAAUAGCAUUUUUGGUAAGAAGACAGACAAAACGAUGUUGGUGGAGGGUAGUUCAAUUUUAUACAAACUUUAAUAAAAUGUGAAAUAUUU